GUGCGCGGCGCUUCCCGCCAAAAGCGGCGUGAGGGGCGCGGGGCCUCCGCCCGCUAUGAGCGGGACGGUGCUGCCCGGGACCCCCAUUGCCGUGGAUUUCUGGAGCCUGAGGAGGGCGGCUGGCGCCCGCCUCUUCUUCCUGUCCCACAUGCACUCGGACCACACGGUGGGGCUGUCCAGCACCUGGAGCCGCCCGCUGUACUGCUCCCCGCUCACCGCCCGCCUCCUGCACCGCCGCCUGCAGGUGCCGAUGUGCUGGAUCCGGCCGCUGGAGGUGGGGCAGAGCCAUGUCCUGGGUGAGGUGACGGUGACACUGAUCGACUCCAACCACUGCCCUGGCUCCGUUAUGUUUCUCUUUGAGGGUACCUUCGGCACCAUCCUCUACACAGGAGAUUUCCGCUACACGAGUGCCAUGCAGAGUGAGCCGGCGCUGAGGGGCCGCCACAUCGACCGCCUGUACCUGGACAACACUCACUGCCACCCCCAGCGGGCCCUGCCCUCGCGGGCGCUGGCCACACACCAGGCUGCCCACCUCAUCCGCGCCCACCCGCAGCACCACGUGGUCAUUGGUGUGUACACCCUGGGCAAGGAGACGCUGCUGGUGGACCUGGCGCUGGAGUUCAGCACAUGGGUGGUGGUGAGUCCCUGGCGCCUGGAGCAGAUGCGGCUGCUGGAGCUGCCGGAUGUGUUCACCGCCGAGGAGGGCGCCGGCUGGAUCCGUGCCGUGGAUGUCGCCGAGAUCCGCUGGGACACGCUCGACAGCUGGAAUGCGCUGCACCCCACCAUUGCCAUCAUCCCCACAGGCAGGCCCAUGAAGGUCACCCACCCCAACAUCCACCUCAUCCCAUACUCGGACCACUCGUCCUUCGCGGAGCUGUGCGAGUUUGUGAAGUGGCUGAAACCCUGCUCCAUCGUUCCCAUUGUGAAGGCUGACAUGUGCCAGGCUUACUUUCAGGAAUACCUGAGCUCGGCCCCCCAGGUGCUUCCUGACUUCAAAGUCCCAAAGCCCGUGCAAGAGUCUGGACAGCAGCAAAGCCAAAGGAGGGGGCAGAAACCCAUGAGUCUCUGGAAAAGAGCCAUGUCACGUUCUGUGCCCCGAGGGGUCGUUUAUGAGUCCCCAGAGAAAAAUACUGAGAAACCUGAAGCAUUUACAGAUGUUAAGGUUCCUCAGCACUACUGUGAGCCAGCUCCCUGCUCAAUAGAAGGCUGCGCGCGUCACAUGGGUGAGAAGGAAGAGCUGAGUGGGGAACAGCUGGGAACAACUGGAGCAGCACCUGUUUCCAGUGAGCACCUUGCAACUGGAUUUGCAGAGCAAUAUUUACUCACUCCCUUAAAUGUCCUAAAGCAGAAUCGCUCACGGACAUUUGAUGAGCUGGUAGAAGGCUUUUUUAGGCAGGGAGACACACCCUGAAAAAUCGUGUGACGUUGUUGCCAGUGCAGCAGGUAGCAGUGUUUUCGUUCUGCUCCAUGCUCAGGUUUCCCAUUAGGAGAGAGGAGCUCAGCUCUGCGACUCUACUUUCUUUACCUCUUUAUAGAGGACAGAGAGGAAACUAAAACCAGUUUGUAGAUGGUACGUUUUAAAAAUUUAUUUAUUUUUUUUUUUAUCUCUACAUCUCCUGUGUCCCCCACAACGCUGGGCACUGUGGUCCCACUGCCUGUGUGCCUUCUGUCCACCUUUUGCAGUGACUUGCCUGUCCCCUCUUACAAAAGCCACUGAGAGGUUGAUUCAAGCAGAGCUGCAGAGGGUGUGAGCUGUCUGCAGCUGAGUAAUUAAUGGCUGGACUGUGAUGAAAGGAGCAAGGGGGGGGAAUCUGAGAGCCCCAAAGAUUCUCCUUUCUGUAAGUGUGUGAUACCUCACUGACUAUGAGCAGUUCAUUCCGAAGUGAAUUACAGAUGUUCUGUAUCAAGGUGCUUUUUAAAAAUGCUGCUUAAAGAGAUCUAAGAAAUGAAGUGCCUUAAAGUCCAAUAAUCUGUUUUCUAUCUGUUAAUCUACUAAUACUUCCAGCUUUUGCAUCCAGCCAGCCAACUGCAGCUGGAUGUAGUCCUGCUCUCUUGAAAGUGCCAUCUCAAUGCUAAUUGUCAGUGCUUUUUCAGGUUUGUGGCCAGAAAAAGUAGGAAUUGUCUGAGUUCUUGAGUUGUAGGCUUUUCAGAGUGGGCCACUAUAUCCUCUGCAGUCUCUGCACUCAGUCUUGCACCUCUGAAUUCUGUUUGAUGGCAAAGCACUCCUGGUAACUGCCACUUUUCUGCUUUCCCAUUCUGCCUGCUCUUGUCCUGCAGUGGCAAAUGGGAUGGGAGUUAAUGAAACAUCUGCUUAGUGGUGUGAUCAGUCUUAGCAGCAUUGUUUGGAAAGAUUGUGACUGAACAGCAGAACUGGCUCUGUUAGUUAGAGUUUGGGCACUUUCCCACUGUGGAUCAGCUGCAGAGCCCUGGCCUGGCACAGCUGGGAAGUGUCUGUAGUGUGACAAACCAUUGGGUACCCACUGCAGUCGACUGUGCCAAACUGCACUGCCAGUGUUUCAAAUUGGCCCCUCCUAUGGUCAGGGCAGCUGGAGUGGAAAUGGUCACUGGACACUGUCCUGGAGCAACAGAGCAGUUUGUUCCUCAUCUCUCGAUUCCCCCUUUUUUUACUUUCUAGGCAAAAUGUUUCAGUAUUUUCUGAACAUAGUGUCCUGCAAGGCCUUUCCAAGAGGCAGCUAGAUGGGUUGGAUUCCCUGAAUUGAGCCAGGAAAGGAAGAAUUUGCUCUUGGAGUAGGGCCAGGCCUUGUGAAAAGCAAAGGUGUCCUUGGAUGCAGCAGUUGCAGCAGUCACAAACAGGGCUGUCCGGAACAGUGAGUGUUGACAGCCAGAGUGGGGAUGUUUGGAAAGCUGUUUGUUUGGCAAACAUGAGUCCUGACUCCCAGCCCUGUGCUUUCCCAGGCAUGGCAGUAUUCAUCCCUGUUACAUAAGGAGUGCCUGCCCCUGGGACUGCUGUGGCUCUGCCUGCCAGCUGCCAAGGGGACAUUGGAAGUGACAGAGCAGUGUCCUGUGACCUGCACUUCACAGGGCAGCAAGGGCAGCUUGAGUCUCCUGCUGUGGGCCCUGUGUCCUGCUGCUUGGAGUUUUCUGUGUGGAUUAUUUCCUAAUCCAAACUCAACUGCAGAUCCCUGUCAGGUGGGUGUGAGUGGAGACACCCGCACGUUUUGUAACAUGGAAAUGAUAGCGCUGUGCUCGUAGUGUGCUGUCUGCUGCUGCUGCCUGGGAGAUGCAGGCUGUUAUUUAAAUAUUGUUGAAAUUCAAGUGACUCAUUUGACAGGCAGGGGAGUGAAGCCUGAACUCCCAAAUUCCAUGUCCUGCUUUGAGCAGCCUCUCCACUGCUGGGGAGGAAUGCUCACCUUCUGAGUCACUGCUCCACUUGGGCAUGUUGCAAAUGACCUGGGAGAUCUGAUGUUUUAUGGCAUCCAGCCUUUCCUCUUUUAUUCUUAUCAACUAUUUAUUACAGUAAAUGAAGUGGAGAACCUCCUGGUCAGCCUCUGGGAAAAAAAGGAGUUGUAAAUGGUAAUUCUUUACAGAGGUAAAUCUGAGCUUUAAUCAUGCAAAAAUAAGUGAACAUUGCAGACUUGAGUUCUGGGGAUCUGCAUCCUGUUUCUUCGUGCUCAGUUAAAGCUGCAGAAUAAAAUGCUGGCUUCACUUUCUAAAGCUGAAAAGGUAAUUCCUGCCACUUGAGGAGGAAAUUACCCAUCGUGUAGAGCCAAGGAAACCUAAAAUUUCUCAGUGGCUUUAAAAAGCAAUAGAAGCAGGAGAGACUUGACCAACAGUCAUUUUGUUGGAGACCUUUGCCUCAGCACAGCAGGUGCACAAGGCAUUUUAGUGCCAAACAUUUCUUCCCUGUUAGGUGUUUAAAUACUACUUUUGUGUACUAUCCUAAAAUGCUGGAAAAUAAAACAUGGCCUUGUGGGGAGAACUGGAAUUGCUGAGUGUUGAGGCUUCUGAGUAUCUUUCAGCUUCCCUUCAAGAUGGGUUUAGUGAUGGACGUGGGAGUGCUGGGUUAAUGGUUGGGCUCUGUGAUCAUAAACGAAUUUUCCAACCUAAGGUGGAAAAGUUGAAGUCUCCUGGCAGUAAAUAUCUGGCCUCCUACAGGCCUUGUUCUCCCUCACACUUGUCUCCACGAUGUCCCUGUUUUCCUGCCCCCAGCCUGGCUCACAGGGGAGCAGCUGAGAGCUGGAGUGUCAUGGAGAGCAGGCUCUGAGCCUGCUGCUCCCAGCUCACCUGCACUGCUGCCCACAGGUGUGUUUUGCUCACAACAGUGACAAUGAGAAGCUGCAGCCCAGUAUUGGCUUCACUGUGGGAUAUCUGAGGGCCACAUGUUUGGAAGCUUCACUUGUCCUGGCAGGGAACAGAAAGUGCUCUGAGCAAAGCCCUCCCAAAUCUAUACGCACAGAGCAUGUUCCAGCUGCUUAUCUCUGGUCCACAGUUGAGAACCAAGCCCCAGUGAGGGGAAACAGCUCAGCCAAGGCCUUGCAGAGGAGCAAGGCAUGAGCUGAGUUCCCUUUGGCAAGUUUUCAGUGCUGUUUUACCAGGCUGUGAUCAAAUGCUGGUGUGUUGUGAGGGCAGGUUCUGGAGCAGAGCUGCCUGUGGAGGGUCAAUCACUGCGCUAUGAACAGCUCAGUUGGCUCUAACUUCUCUAAAACAGUAGGAAAGCACGAGGAGUGCCCUGUUUACGCUGUGGAGAGGGGAAAGUUGCUCUCUGGGUUGUUGUCAAGAAGCUGAGAUAAAAUUUGCCUGGCUCCUGUGCUCCACAGAAACGAGUGUGUAAUGUCACCUUGCAGGGAACGCCCCAGAGCGCUGUUGGGUCGGGUGUCUGACUCUGCUUCCCCAAUUACAAAGCCAGAGCACUUCCAACAACUUCUCUCUUCCCUGCUGCAGAGCUGCUGUCUGUUCCUGCAGCACGGGGGCUUCUUUUCUAGAUUAAAAAACCUGCAGUGGCGAAAUCUUUCCUUCACCAGAAAAUGAAGGCGUUUACAUAAUUACCUCUACAAUGUGUUGUCACUUUGGGCUUAUUCCAAAUGAACCUCAAGCCUAAAAUCUCUUUGUGCUUUUUUAUGGAGUCCUCUGAAAAUGUAGUAGAACAUGUUGAGAAGGUAGAGUCACCUUGAUAAUAAUCAUGUGAGGUGCUGCCUUCAAGUGAGCUGCUGUGGGUGUUGUGUGUGUAUCUGGGAUUUCUUCGGUUGAAUUUGGGAUCUUUUGCCACAGUCACUGCCAUGCUGAAGUUUUUCUGGCUGUGGCUUUGCACUUGGCUAAACCCCAGCCUGAGGCACAAGCAGCCGUGGGUUGUGCAAUAAAACCUUUGGGACAGACCUUGACCAGGAGCCUCUUGGCUCUAGCUCGGGGAGUCUGGGACUUCCUGAGCAGGUGCUGGGGAAGAUGAGAAUCAUGUUCCACAGUCUUGGAGGUCACUGUAAGCCUGAAGAAAAUCGUGCCAAGAGAAAUGAGUCCCCCAUGCAGGACUGAGACCUCCCUAUCUCAGAGGGCACAGAGCUCCUGAACAGUGUUUUGCUGGAGGGGGUUCACACUUGUGCUGCUGUUCAUGUAAACAGGAAGCUGUGAGAGUUUAUUAGGUUUUCAUAGAAUCACAGAAUUGUUUAGGUUGGAAGGGACCUUAAAGACCAUCAAGUUCCAGCCCCUGGCACGGGCAGGGACAACUUCUACUACACCAGGUUGCUCCAAGCUCUACCCAGCCUGGCCUUAAACACUUCCAUGGCUUCUCUGUGAGUCUCUGCCAAGGCCUUACCACCCUCUGAAUAAAGAAUUUUUUACCAGUAUCUAAUCUAAACCUACUCUCAGUCUGAAUUUUGGUAAGAGUAUUUGUAAUUGUUAUUUUUAAAUGUUGUGAACUUUUGCAAGAAAGCCAAUAAAUGUCUCUGCAACACUAA